AUGGGUGACGCGGCCAUCGCGGGCCAAAGUGCAGAAGGACAGGGCAGGUGGCUCAGGGCCCCCGGGGGAGGGACCGCCGCAGCCCGGAGCCCAGGUCGCCGCGCUAAAGGGUUCCACCAAGCAGCAGACUUCCCCGAGGAGGGACCCGGGAGCCCCGGGCCCGCGUCCCUGCCGCCCACGCCGCAGCGCGAGCGGCUCCCGGAGAGCGUCCCCCGCCCCCCGCCUUCCCGCUGUCCCCCGCGCCCGAGCGCCCGCGGCCCCGAGGACACCGAGGACACCUCUCGGUGGCGGCCGGAGGAGGCGGGAGGGACGGGGCGGGCCGCGCGGGACCCGGAGCUCGGCGCUGGCGCGGCGGCAGGACGCACGCCAAGUGCAGACCCUUGCGGAGCGUCGUGGGCCCGGGGACGCACAAAAGACGCUGCCGGAGAAGGGCACGCUGCUGCACGACACCGGGAGGCCGCGGGGCGAGCAUGCGCGGCGCAGGGUUUGCGAUCGGCGCCUAGUUCGGGGGCGGGGGGCCAGGCAGCCCGCGCUGACAAGGCGACCUUUGGGCGAAGACCCGAAGAGGUGAGGGCUGGGGCGGGCCGGUGCCCGAGGGAGGCUCCUUCGGGAGGCGCGGGCCUAGCGGUCGCUCACGUGGGAUCACGGACCCCACCGGGGCCAGCCUCCCGCGCUGUUUGUGUCCCCGCGGGGUCAGUUGGUGGGGGAGAGAUUCGGGCCGUCGUGUGCGUCCUUAUUGGAUUCUGCGCACAGAACAGGCGUGGGGGAAUUGGAGGAAGGCAGGUUUUCACUGCCAUUUCCCAGACGAGGAAAGGGAGGCUCCGGGGCGGGGCAAGGGAGCUCGAACCCGGAUUCGUCCUCCUCCGGGGCUCCCUCGCGGAACCGCGGGACCGUUCCAGACCACGUGGCCGCGGUGUCCCUUUACCCCGUCCCCGACCCCACCUCGGCCCGCACGCUCGGGCCGGACCCGUCCGCCCCGUCGGCCAGCUCGGGUCCCGGCGCUCCUGGGAAUGGGGUCGGCUCCCACAUCUUCCGGAGGGGAGGUCGAGGGCUCCCGGGCCGGCCGGCGUCGCCCCCUGCCCACGUCCCACCCCUCGCCAGAGGGGAGAGAGCCCGCACGACCUGCGGCUCCCGCGCCUCCCGCCAGGGGGCGCCCCAGGACCGCUGCUUAAAGGCGCGCGGCGCGGGCUUCCCCGGAGGGCGCCGGAGGCUGCAGCCACUGGCCCAGGACCUGAAAGGGCCAAAGCUCCACGUGGCCUUUGAACGUCAGGCAGCGGCCCGUCAAGGGAGGUCCCGAGAUCAGCAGCAUCAGCCUCCGCUGGAGCUAGAUAGACAUGCAUAUCCUUGAGCCCACCCCAGACGGAAGGAAUGACUUCGGGUUGGGAUCCUGCAGUCUGUGUCUUAGAAGGCCUUCCAGAUGAUUCUGAUGCACGCCCAGCUUGAGACGGGUCUGCUGUGGGGUCUGAUUAUCUCCCGGAGCCCUGGGGGGAUCCGUUCGCAGUCCCGGGUGCACAGUGGAAUCAUCUGGAAGCCUUAGGGCUCUGGAUGCCCCAGCCACACCUGCGCCAGUUCAGUGAGCGUCUCUGAGCGUGCGGGCUGGGCGGGGGUGUUUGAAAGCUCCCGGGUCAUUCCACACCAGCCAGGAUGGGGAAACCACCGUCCCCGGGGCCCCAAUCAGGGCUGAGAUGUCUCGUGAGGAACUGACCGCCUCUGGUGUAUAACAGGAAUAGGACAGAUGAUGUCCACUGGGGCGGAUUUGAAUUCCAACACAUUACAUCUCCUUCAGUCCUUCACCAGCCCUGGGAGGAAAGCUCUAUUAUAAUCCCCCCUCUUGGAAGAUAAAUUGAUUGCAGGCACAGAGAGGUUAACCUCCCUGCAUCGAUCUGCCCGCUGGAGGGAACAAAGGCUGAGGCACUAAGGUCAACCACGUGGGUGCUCCAUACCUACGGGACCCACCCCCAAUAAAAACCCUGGACACGGAGGCUCAGGUGACUCUCCAGGCUCCCUCAUAGCCCACCAGAAAAGUCGGGAUCACUUCACUUUUAAAAAACGUCUCCUGGUGCAUUAAAAAAAUGAAGAUGUGUGGAAACAUUUUGAGCACGCGCUACCUGGUGGUAUAAUUUGAUCAGUUACGUGUAACAAGCGAAAGCGGAAAUAAACACAUCAGGUGACACAA